UCAAGACCGGCGGCUAAGACAAGAACGGCGAGCAAGUGGACUUGGCGAAAGUGCCAGUCGGGAACCCCGCGCGCUUUAUGCUCACACCGCGGCUUGUUCUUGCUUGCCGACCGGAAGUCCCCGGUCUGAAUGGGUCUUGUAGCUGUUUGCCGCCGCUCCUCCCUUUGGACUUAAAACCGGCCGUCUCUGGAUCUCUGAUCUCGUCGGCUGCCAGGUUCAUGUGGAGGCUCCCAGGCCGCGCCGCGCUUCGUGGGGUCCGGUCGUUGGUGGAGCAGCGCAGCCCGGCCGAGGCAACGACUCACGAGGCGGUGCGCGCCAUGGAGCGCGCCGUGGUGCGCUGUGUGCCCUCGGAGCCCAAGCUCAGCCUGUCUUUUGCGUUGGCCGACGGCAGCCACAAAAACAUGCAGCGGGACCAGAGCGAGCCUCUGGGCCGUGCUCUCAGUCGGAUCGCUACCAACGCCCUCAAGGGGCACGCUAAGGUAGCGGCUGCCAAAAAGAGCAGGAAGAACCGAGCCCACUCGAGCGGUGGCGCGGCCUGCGCGGCGACAGGGUCUGAACCGGCUGCGACCUGCGAGCCGGUGGUGAAGCUGUACUACCGGGAGGAGGCGGUAGCUGAGGAUGUGCUCAAUGUGGACGCCUGGCAGGACGGAGCGGUGCUGCAGAUCGGCGAUGUCAAGUACAAGGUGGAGCGCAACCCGCCUGCCUUCACGGAGCUACAGUUGCCGCGCUACAUCAUGGCUGGCUUCCCGGUGUGUCCCAAACUCGGUCUGGAAUUUGGGGAUCCCGCCAGCUCCGUGUUCCGCUGGUACAAGGAAGUCAAACCCGGGGCGGCAGAACCUGGGGACGGCGGCCUCGCGUCAUCGUCUCACUCUUUGCAGUCUUCAGUUUGGAUCGAGACGGGUGUGGACGAGCGCGUUUACACCCCGUGCAAUGCUGACAUCGGGCUACGGCUCAAGCUUCACUGCACGCCGGGCAAUGGGCAGCGCUUCGGGCCAAGCCGCGAGCUAGAAAGCGUGUGCCCGGUGGAGGCCGGGCCUGGCACCUGCACUUUUGACCAUCGACAUCUAUACACCAAGAAGGUGACAGAGGACUCUUUCAUCCGCACUGUCUCCUACAACAUCCUGGCAGACACGUAUGCCCAGACUGAGUUUUCUCGGACAGUCCUGUACCCGUACUGUGCCCCCUACGCCCUGGAGCUUGACUACCGCCAGAACCUCAUUCAAAAGGAGCUCACAGGCUACAACGCAGACCUCAUCUGUUUGCAGGAGGUGGACCGCGCAGUGUUCUCGGACAGCUUGGUACCGGCCCUAGAGGCCUUCGGGCUGGAGGGUGUGUUCCGAAUCAAGCAGCACGAAGGCCUGGCCACUUUCUACCGGAAGUCGAAGUUCAGGCUCGUUAGCCAACAUGACAUUUCUUUUCAAGAAGCCCUGAAGUCGGACCCACUGCACAAAGAAUUACUAGAGAAACUGGCUUUGAACCCAUUAGCACAGGAGAAAGUACUCCAGAGAUCGUCUGUCCUUCAGAUUUCAGUUCUUCAGUCUACCACGGACUCUUCUAAAAAGAUCUGUGUUGCUAAUACCCAUCUCUACUGGCACCCAAAAGGUGGAUACAUUCGUCUCAUUCAAAUGGCAACAGCCUUGGUGCACAUUAGACAUGUUUCCUGUGAUCUAUAUCCUGGCAUACCAGUUAUAUUUUGUGGAGACUUUAAUAGCACACCAUCAACAGGAAUGUACCAUUUUGUCAUCAAUGGCAGCGUUCCGGAGGAUCAUGAAGACUGGGCUUCCAAUGGGGAGGAGGAGAGAUGUGGCAUGUCUCUCACACACUGUUUCAAACUGAAAAGCGCUUGUGGUGAACCUGCCUACACAAAUUAUGUUGGCGGCUUUCAUGGAUGUCUCGAUUACAUUUUCAUUGACUUAAAUGCUUUAGAGGUUGAACAGGUGAUCCCAUUACCUAGCCAUGAAGAAGUUACCACCCACCAGGCCUUACCUAGUGUUUCUCAUCCUUCUGAUCACAUAGCACUUGUAUGUGACUUAAAAUGGAAAUAGAUUUUGCUUCACUAACUCUGAAAGGAAGCUAAGUACUUUUCAGAAAGUUUAAUAUGAAACAAAGCUUAUAUAUAAACCUUCAAUGAGGCAAUCUAGACACUAAACUUUACUGUCAUUCCCUACUAGUUACAUUUCAGAUGGCUUUGUUACAAAACCAAUUCAUAAUGUUUGCAUCAUAUAAUAUCUUUACCCUCUUUUUUUAAUUUCCUACAUUUGGAGGAAAACAUUUAUGACUAGCAAGAAGAAAAUUGAAUUAUCGUGUACAUUUUAUAAGUUUUUUUAAGCUGGUAAUUAAGAUUUUUAAGUACUAUUUGAAUAAUCUCAAUUUUUCUUUCAAAGCACAUUUUACAUUGAAUUAUGUUAAUAUAAUUGGGGAAGGAGGGGACAUGCAGGUAAAACGUGAGAGACUUCAGAGACACAUGGAAUACAUUAGUCUAUCACUACCUCAAUUUGAUUAGAAUUUAUUAUAAUUUUGUAGCUUUAACAAAAGAUUAAAAUAUACCAUUACCAAUUCUUACAGCUUCUUCGUUUCUCAGUUAGCAUUGCUUUUGAAUGUACAAAUGACGGUACAAAUGCAUGUAAUUUUCUUCUCAUUUGCACUGCAACUCAUUUUAAUGGUAGGAUGCAAGCACAAUAAGGAUUCAAAGGGAGCAGGAACAUGACUUGAUCCCUUGCCUUCACUCUUACUCAAAUAUUUUUAAGCACACAGGGUACUUGACCAUAUGAUAUGAAAGAAUACAGCACAAUUAUUUUAUGAGAAACUUGUGAUAGAAGCUUCAGAAUGUCAAUGAAUCAUUGAACAUUUCUAAGCUAGAAGUGUUUUCAAAACUGUCAGUUUUAUAAAUAGGAAAAAGGGAAGCAGGCACGGUGCUUUAUAGCUGAAAGCCUAGCACUCAGGAGCCUGAGGCAGGACUGCUUAGAGGUCAGUUCUGAUCUGGGUUACACAGUUCAAGGCCAGCUUGGAUUACAAACAGGAAAAAGGGGGACAGUAUCUGAAGUAAAUUUUUUAUAGAUGUAAGCAUUAUAGCUCAAGGAACAGAACAGUGCCACAUAAUUUAUAAAGACAGUUUUUAAAUGAAGCCAUUGUUGUAAGGUGAGAAAUUCCAGGUUAACAUCUAGUUUAGAUGCUUUUACUGCAUUUGUUCUCGCUGUACCUUCUUCGUGAUGCUUUAGCCAUCGCUUUGUGAUUUUCCGGGUUUAACUGUAGCAAAGCAUAGCUUUCUGCAAUUAACUUCCGGCUUAGAUAGUAAAGGCCUCUCACCCCAAGAGGAGGUCUUAAUUUCCUGUCUUGAAGCCCGUUUCAACAUUUUUAACCUGUAAAUCCAGUGUUUUUCCCCAUAUUCUUCUAACAUGGUGUGUGUUCAUACUCUGCAGUCAGAUACUCUUGGGUUACUAAGUCUGGGAAUAUAAGCAUUUCAUUUGCACCUCACAUUGAACCUUUAUUCAGAUUCCUUAAAGGGAAAUAAUCAGUAAAGGGACAGUGUCUUGGGAUGCUUAAAAAAAAAGUUGAUUAAAAAGUCGAUGUUACCAAGUCGUGCCUUCCUAAAUACCGUAGUAGGUUGUUUCUCUUCCCAAGGAUCAAAUCCAGGGCCCUCAGUUACAUUCCCAGCCAUAUGCGUGCCCCUUUUGAGAGCAUCUCAGUGGCAGUUUAUAUAGUCAGAACUAGCUCUUUUGCUAAAUAUUUUUUCAAUAUUUUAUUUGUGUUGCUGGGGAUUGGACCCAGAAUCUUGAGCAUGCUACCUAUGUGUAAUACUGCCAAGCUACAUCAAAGCUACUACUUUCAAAAUCUGGUUUGUUUGGCCUUCAGAUAACCAUGUUGACAAACUUUUUUGAACUCUUAAGGAACUAACAGUAAUUUAUUCAGCAAGAAGCCAACAUUUUGAAAGAAAAGUUUGUAAUGUGAGAUUAUUCAUACCCAUGCAUUGACAUCCCAUAUUAAUUCCAUGUUGAGACUGAACUGUGUAAUUUACCAAACAUCCCAUAUCCUAAAUCCUGAAAUUUGAUAUUUGUGGAUUAAAUGGCAUAAUCCAGUUCUAUACAGACAUUUCAGGAUAUUCAGAUAACGAAGUACAGAUAUCAGGAUGACUGGAUACAAAGGUAGGGAAGACUCUAUGGAGAUUGUACCAAACUUAUCUGUACUUAGGAGUUAGGACAAGGUGUUAGUCACAAGUGUUUAAAGCUAUCUUCGUGAUUUUUCUAUUACUUUUGAAAAUUUUAAUUUUCUGAGAAGUCUAGCAACUUUGUGGCAAAGCACAUUUAUGUCACAAGUUCUUAGUAAAGGAAAAGUGAAUAUUUCAGAGUAUGUUAUUCUGUUAAAAAUCAACUCUUAAAGUUGAUUCUAAUAACA